UGCUGGGAUACAGUAGGAAGUUUCUGCUGGGGUCUGCACUGGAACUAAACCACUAAAUCUACCCCUGUAUGACUAGGACCUAAGAACGAAUUAGACAGGGCCACAGAGAGUCUACAUGUCUGAUAUUUAGACAUGUUCAGCUUUGUGGAUUCACGGAUACUGCUCGUUAUAGCAGCAACAAUCCUAGUAACAAGAUGUCAAGGAGAAGAUGAUGAUGCUUAUUCUUCCCAGUGCAUCCAGAACAGCCAACAGUACAACGACAGAGAUGUAUGGAAACCCGAUCCCUGCCAGAUUUGCGUCUGUGACAAUGGAAACAUCCUCUGCGACGAGGUGAUCUGUGAAGACGUAGAUUGUCCCAACGCUGAAAUUCCAUUUGGAGAAUGCUGCCCUACAUGCCCUGAAGCCGGUCAACCCCAAUACUCAGAUUUUCGUCUUAAAGCAGAGGGUCCAAAGAGCGAAGGCCCUAAAGGCGAUAGAGGUCUUCCCGGCCCACCUGGCAGAGAUGGCAUUCCCGGACAACCUGGCGUACCUGGGCCCCCUGGUCCACCUGGUCCACCUGGCCUUGGCGGAAACUUUGCUUCUCAAAUGUCUUACGGUUAUGAUGAGAAAUCUGCUGGCAUCUCCAUGCCCGGCCCAAUGGGUCCAAUGGGUCCCCGUGGUCCCCCUGGCCCAGCUGGAUCUCCUGGACCCCAAGGCUUCCAAGGCCCCCCUGGCGAACCCGGUGAACCUGGUGCUGCUGGUGCUAUGGGACCCCGUGGCCCACCAGGACCUCCUGGAAAGAAUGGUGAUGAUGGUGAGGCUGGCAAACAAGGCCGCCCCGGUGAACGUGGAGCCCCAGGACCUCAGGGUGCCCGUGGUCUUCCAGGAACUGCUGGUCUUCCAGGCAUGAAAGGACACAGAGGUUUCAACGGUCUUGAUGGAGCUAAGGGUGAUACUGGACCAGCUGGCCCCAAGGGCGAGCCUGGUAGUGCUGGUGAGAAUGGCGCUCCUGGACAAGUGGGUCCACGUGGUCUUCCUGGUGAGAGAGGUCGUCCCGGACCCUCUGGCCCAGCUGGUGCUCGUGGUAACGAUGGUGCUUCUGGUGCUGCUGGUCCCCCUGGUCCUACUGGCCCAAGUGGACCACCUGGAUUCCCCGGCGGUGUUGGCCCCAAGGGUGAUGCUGGUCCCCAAGGAUCCCGUGGUGCUGAUGGACCCCAAGGUGCUCGUGGUGAACCCGGUUCUCCUGGUCAAGCUGGCCCUGCUGGUGCUUCUGGAAACCCUGGUACUGAUGGUCAACCUGGUGCUAAGGGCCCCAAUGGUGCUCCUGGUAUUGCUGGUGCCCCUGGCUUCCCUGGUGCCCGUGGUGCUCCUGGACCUCAAGGCCCUGGAGGUGCCCCUGGACCUAAGGGUAACAAUGGUGAACCCGGUGCUCAAGGAAACAAAGGAGAGCCCGGUGCUAAGGGAGAACCUGGCCCAGCUGGCGUUCAAGGACCCCCAGGCCCCUCUGGUGAGGAAGGAAAGAGAGGAUCCCGUGGUGAACCUGGACCUGGUGGUCCUCCUGGCCCUGCUGGUGAACGUGGUGCUCCUGGAAGCCGUGGUUUUCCUGGAUCUGAUGGUGCUUCUGGACCCAAGGGUCCCCCUGGUGAGCGUGGUCCCGUUGGCCCUGCUGGUCCCAAAGGAUCUGCUGGUGAAUCUGGCCGCCCUGGCGAACCUGGACUUCCCGGUGCUAAAGGUCUGACUGGUAGCCCUGGUAGCCCUGGUCCUGAUGGCAAGACUGGCCCUGCUGGUCCCCCUGGUCAAGAUGGACGUCCUGGACCCCCUGGCCCACCUGGUGCUAGAGGCCAAUCUGGUGUAAUGGGAUUCCCUGGCCCUAAGGGAGCUGCUGGUGAACCUGGUAAGCCUGGCGAGAGAGGAGUUGCUGGUCCCCCUGGCGCUAAUGGUGCCCCUGGCAAAGAUGGUGAAGCUGGUGCUCAAGGUCCCCCUGGCCCCUCUGGCCCCGCUGGUGAGAGAGGUGAACAAGGUGCUGGUGGUCCCCCUGGAUUCCAAGGACUUCCUGGACCCCCAGGUCCCGCUGGUGAGAGUGGCAAGCCCGGUGAACAGGGUGCUCCUGGAGAUGUCGGUCCCCCUGGCCCAUCUGGUUCAAGAGGUGAAAGAGGUUUCCCUGGCGAGCGUGGUGCCCAAGGUCCUCCCGGUCCACAGGGUGCUCGUGGUUCUAAUGGUGCUCCUGGUAACGAUGGUGCUAAGGGUGAAGCUGGUGCUCCAGGUGCCCCUGGUGGCCAAGGACCUCCCGGCCUUCAAGGAAUGCCCGGUGAACGUGGUGCAGGUGGUCUCCCUGGUGCUAAGGGUGAUAGAGGUGACCAAGGACCUAAAGGUAGCGAUGGUGCCCCUGGUAAAGAUGGUGUUAGAGGUUUAACUGGUCCCAUUGGUCCACCUGGUCCAUCUGGUGCUCCUGGUGACAAGGGUGAAGCUGGCCCUGCUGGUCCUGCUGGUCCCACUGGUGCCCGUGGUGCUCCCGGUGAGCGUGGUGAGCCUGGUCCACCUGGCCCUGCUGGAUUUGCUGGUCCUCCUGGUGCUGAUGGUCAACCUGGAGCUAAGGGAGAACAAGGAGAUGCUGGUCCUAAAGGUGAUGCUGGUCCCCAAGGUCCAUCUGGUCCCACUGGUGCCCCUGGCCCUGCUGGUGCUCUUGGCGCUCCUGGACCCAAAGGUGCUCGUGGUCCCGCUGGUCCCCCUGGUGCUACUGGCUUCCCCGGAGCUGCAGGAAGAGUUGGACCCCCUGGCCCAUCUGGCAAUGCUGGACCCCCUGGACCACCUGGACCAUCUGGAAAGGAAGGACAAAAAGGACCACGUGGUGAGACUGGCCCUGCUGGACGCCCUGGUGAACCCGGAGCUGCUGGCCCACCUGGACCUCCUGGCGAGAAAGGAUCCCCUGGUAGCGAUGGUCCAUCUGGUGCCCCUGGUACUCCUGGACCUCAAGGUAUUGCUGGAACCCGUGGUACAGUUGGUCUUCCUGGACAAAGAGGAGAAAGAGGAUACCCCGGUCUUCCUGGACCUUCUGGUGAACCCGGCAAACAAGGUCCCGGUGGCCCAAGUGGUGAACGCGGUCCCCCUGGCCCAUCUGGUCCUCCAGGUUUAGCUGGACCUCCUGGUGAAGCUGGUCGUGAGGGUUCCCCUGGCUCUGAAGGUGCUCCUGGUCGUGAUGGCUCUGCUGGACCCAAGGGUGAUCGUGGUGAGAGUGGACCUGCUGGUCCUCCUGGUGCUCCUGGUGCCCCUGGUGCUCCUGGCCCAUCUGGUCCUGCUGGAAAGAGUGGAGAUCGUGGUGAGACUGGUCCCGCUGGUCCUGCCGGCCCCGCUGGCCCUGCUGGUGUUCGUGGACCUGCUGGACCUCAAGGCGCACGUGGUGACAAAGGUGAGGCUGGAGAACAAGGAGAAAGAGGCAUGAAGGGACACAGAGGUUUCAAUGGUCUUCCCGGACCACCUGGCUCCCCUGGCUCCCCUGGUGAGCAAGGUCCAUCUGGUGCAUCUGGCCCUGCUGGUCCAAGAGGACCCCCUGGAUCUUCUGGUAAUGCUGGCAAAGAUGGUUCCAACGGUCUGCCUGGUCCUAUUGGUCCCCCUGGUCCACGUGGUCGCAAUGGUGAUGUUGGUCCCGCUGGUCCCCCUGGACCUCCCGGCCCACCAGGUCCUCCUGGCCCCCCAAGUGGUGGAUUUGACUUCAGCUUCAUGCCCCAGCCUCCUCAGGAGAAAUCUGGUGAUGGCCGCUACUACCGUGCUGAUGAUGCCAAUGUAAUGCGUGACCGCGAUCUGGAAGUUGACACCACCCUCAAGAGCCUGAGCAAGCAGAUUGAGAACAUCCGCAGCCCCGAGGGUACCAGAAAGAACCCAGCCCGUACCUGCCGUGACCUGAAGAUGUGCCACUCUGACUGGAAGAGCGGUGAAUACUGGAUUGACCCCAACCAGGGCUGCACUCUUGAUGCUAUCAAGGUCUAUUGUAACUUGGAAACUGGCGAGACCUGUGUCUACCCAACACAGAGCAGCAUUCCUCAGAAGAACUGGUACACAAGCAAGAACCCACGCGAGAAGAAGCAUGUCUGGUUUGGCGAGACAAUGAGCGAUGGAUUCCAGUUCGAAUAUGGUAGUGAGGGAUCUGACCCAGCUGAUGUUAACAUCCAACUCACCUUCCUCCGCCUCAUGGCCACUGAAGCCUCUCAGAACAUCACCUACCACUGCAAGAACAGUGUUGCUUACAUGGAUGCAGCAAAUGGAAACCUGAAGAAGGCCAUGCUCCUGCAAGGCUCCAACGAUAUUGAGCUCAGACCUGAGGGCAACAGCCGCUUCACAUACACUGUCAUGGAGGAUGGCUGCACGCAACACACAGGAGAAUGGGGCAAAACUGUCAUUGAAUACAAGACAACAAAGACAUCACGCCUGCCAAUCACGGACGUGGCACCCAUGGAUAUUGGAGCCGCAGACCAGGAAUUCGGAAUUGACAUCGGACCAGUCUGCUUUGUGUAAAAACAAAACAAAAAUACCAGGACAGGAGAAUAUCUCAUGCGGACUUGAAAUUGUUGUUCCUCUCAUCUCUAAAACUUUUCUUGUUUCCGUAAGCAUUACACGAAAAAGCAAACCUAAAGUCAUGCUUUGAAGAACAUCUCUCAAAGGACAGACCAUGCCUGUAUGUGUGUGCUUGUGUUCACGGGAGGGAAUUUUUCAACUCCUCAAUCAACUGUGCCCCCUGCAUACAUGAAUUGGCCUUCCUACGACCUUGAUGAAGAUGCCCCCUUUGACCAAAAAAAGAAUGGGAAUGUCCUUAAAUAAUGACUGUUCCUGGAUUAGAUAAGAAAGCAGGAUCGACGAUCCCAACGGUCCCUGUGUAGAAGAGGAGUAAAUUAAAUCAUUUCAUGUAAUGCAACUUUUUUAAAAACAUUUUUUGUUUUUUGUUUGUUCAGGUGGCAAAAAAAUAAAUAUGAAAAAAAUAAAAUUGAAGGUGUGUGGAGAGUGUUUUGGAAUUAUGAUAGGGCUGAGUUUGUCCUCUGGGUGUGAAUGUCUCCUUACAUGUCCUCCUUAACCAUUCUUGACGUUUUUCUUUCAUACUUUUCUUCAUCUUUUCCAUACUGGAAGACAUCCAAGUAUUUGAUUUGAAUGUUCUUCCAGUGUCAAAGAGUGAGGAGGGGCUCAGUAUUCCAGUGGUGCAGUGUAGAGAAUUAAUAUUUUUUUUUCCUGAGACUACCUCACUGUCUUUCCCCAUUCAUUGGUGCUAAAGUCUCACUGCUUCAUCACAUUAUCUUCCUUACAAAUGCUACAGACAUUGGUGCUAAAAUAAUCAUUACAAGGGAUUCCUUAAUCAAUGUAUCCCAGUAUUCCAUAGGCUUGAGGAAUUAUUGGUGCUAUUUCCAUUCACUUUCCCUAGUCCUCUUUCCCGUGAACACAGGCUGAUAAGGACCUGUCUAUAUUGGUAGUCUUUCCAUCUUCUCGUUGUGCUUUUUCCUCUUCUUCUCAUCUUGUCCUUACCUUCCACUGCCCUUUCUCUUGUCUCAUUCCUUCUCCUAUUUCUGUUCUACUUCUUUUGUUCAACUCAAAACUAGACAGCGAUGCCAUGGGGUUUGAACUGAAACCAAGGAUCUGUACCUGAUUUUUUUUUUUUUAUUGUAUAAUAAUUUGAGAUGUUUUAAUUAUUUUGAUUGCUGAAAUAAAGCAUGUGAUAUGGUCCAAAACA